CAUACACUGAACAUGCACACAUGAAGGGCCUUAUGUUCAAACGUAUAUGAGAAAAUUGAACUAUAGCCUUACUUUAGGUAUAGAAACAUACACACAUAGUAUAGGAGGCAUAAAGAGUUAUUUCUGGGACCUUGGAUCAACCUCCAUUUUGCCCAGACUGUUUGGAGAACUAAGGCUGAAGACAAAAGGAUUAAACCAACCCAGCCUGCCCUGUCAAAAUUACCGCAGCCAUCAUGCCUGGUGAUGAUAAACCACAACAGACCCGGCACAGGAAGAAGAACAAAAAGUCCCGCUCCAAGGGGAAGAGUCCUGGCGGGAGUCCCCACACUCCCAUUCAAGACAUCUUAGAUGCACAAGAUGAUCUCAUAUCCUCCCAUAUUCUUCAGCCUUCUAAGAGGCUUCUGGAGGAGAGGCCCAAAGCUUCAGUCACCAAAGUGGAGGAGGAGUCGGCCAUACUGAUAUGUCUUCAGGUGCUGUUCCCCUACCUGCUGGCUGGGAUGGGGAUGGUAAUGGCUGGGAUGGUGCUGGACAAUGUACAGCACUGGGAGGUGUUUAAAGUGAUAACCGAAGUCUUCAUCCUGGUUCCUGCUCUUGUCGGACUCAAGGGAAACCUGGAGAUGACCCUGGCUGCUCGGCUGUCCACUGCUGCCAACACAGGCCAGAUGGAUGACCCUGACAAACAGUGGACCAUGGUGUGCAGCAACCUGGCUCUCAUUCAGGUUCAGGCCACGGUGGUGGGAUUCCUGGCAGCCGUGGCAGCCAUUUGUUUAGGUGCAAUCUCCAGGGGAGGGGUUGAACUGGACCAGGCAGCUGUCCUGUGUGCAAGCAGCAUUACCACCGCCUUCGUAGCUGCUCUCUCAUUGGGCUUGGUGAUGAUCGGAGUUAUCAUCGGCUCCAGGAAAGUGGGAAUCAACCCAGACAACGUGGCCACACCUAUUGCUGCCAGCCUGGGUGACCUCAUCACGCUGUCCCUGCUGGCGGGGGUGAGCAGCACGCUCUACGAGUACAGAGACAUCUGGUACCUGUCCCCCUCGGUGUGCCUGGUUUUCCUGGCUUUGAUUCCACUGUGGGUGGUGUUAGCCCGACGGAGUCCACAGAUCAGAGAGGUUCUCCGCUCAGGCUGGCAGCCUGUCAUAGUCGCCAUGUCCAUUAGCAGUUUCGGAGGCCUUAUACUGGACAGGACUGUGAGUGACCCCAACUUUGAGGGCAUGGCUGUCUUCACACCUGUUAUUAACGGAGUGGGUGGAAACCUGGUGGCCAUUCAGGCCAGCAGGAUCUCUACAUACCUGCACUUCUGGAGCAUCCCAGGUGUGCUUCCCAGUAAAAUGAGCCAGCACUGGCCCAAUCCAUGCAGCACCUUCUUCUCAUCAGGGGUGAACUCUAAGUCGGCGCGGGUUCUACUGAUGCUGGUCAUACCCGGGCAUCUCGUUUUCCUCUACGCCAUCUCUCUGCUGCAGGGAGAGGAGGCUCCUGUCACUCUGCCCUUCACCAUCUGCUACCUGUGUGCUGCCCUGCUGCAGGUGGCCAUCCUUCUUUAUGUUGCCGAUCUCAUCGUCCGUUUCAUGUGGAGAAGAAGUCUGGACCCCGACAACUUCUCCAUCCCUUACCUGACAGCUCUGGGGGACCUGCUGGGCACCGGCUUCCUGGCCCUCUGCUUCCGCUGCGUCUCUCUGAUCCAGAGUUUGGGCCUGUGAAGUUUUUUUCCACUAAUCUCUGAACACUAAGAUUCUUAUAAAAGUUUUAUAGUUUCUUUACAUCUUUACCACUGAGCCAGUUCAAACCGAAUUGUUUAAAAUCCUCGUCUUUAUUUUACACUCUAGUACCUCUAUGUUGUUCUUUGCCUCAAUGCUUUGUUUGACAAAGCGUCUGUCAUCGCACUUUUAUAAAAAAAUAGACCUCCUGCUAUAAAUAUUUCAGUUUGGUUUCCUCUGUUUGCCAGAGGAACAUCAAGUGAGUCACUACAGUGAGCAGCUGGUGCAUUUUUGGACUUUAAAGUUGGCUGCUCAGAAAAGCAACUACUUUGAUUGAUUAACUCUACAUGCAUCGCAUUUAAACCACAUCUACAGGAGGACAUGCAGACCUAUCAGUGAGAGUAGGAAGUUUUUAAUCUCACUGGUGCACAUGUAAUUACUGGAACAGUGGGUGAAGUAGAUAGAAGAUGUUUGUUAAAGGUUCUAAUCUCCUUUCCUAACAAAUCCGACUUUAUUCACUAACAAUCAUCAAAACGAUCAAAUCAAAUUGUAUCACAUGAUAAAAGAGACAAAUAGAAGAUUCAGCUGUUGACCUUAAAUGUUGUUUUCAUCCUGAGCGACGACCAGUCGGUCAGAGACUUUAAAACCGAAUCUGUUUUUAAUCGAGGAACACAAGUUUUUAUUAUGAAGAAUAAAAACUGUAGUAGGAAGC